UGAAUGUGUCAGGGAAGGCGGCGCCGCUGCGGGCGGCCUGACGGGCGGCGAUGGAGCGGGAUCUGCUCCGCCAGGCGCUCGGCUUCCACGGGCCCGCGCUGCUCUCUCUCCUCCGGACGGAGCAGCACGACAAUCCCGAUUUCCGCGGUCUCCUGCCGCCCGGGGGGCCCGGCCUGGAGACGCUGCCUCCUGCCAGGAAGGACAGAGGAAUAGAUAAUGUUGAAAUACAAAAUUUCAUUGCAAAAAAAGCAGAUCUCCUUUUUUCUCAUUCUUGGAAAACAAAUGUGCCAACAAUAACUGAAGCAGAUGAAGAAAAUGAAGAUUAUUAUGCUAUUAUGCCUCCUUUGGAGCAGUUCAUGGAUGUUCCCAGUGCAGAGAGGAGAGAGCUGUUUUUCCGUGAUAUCGAACGUGGGGACAUAGUGAUUGGAAGGAUUAGUUCUAUUCGGGAAUUCGGUUUCUUCAUGGUGCUGUUCUGCCUGCGAAGCGGCGUUAUUCGAGAGAUAGCAGAUUUAGAAAUCACUGCUCUUUGUCCACUGAGAGAUGUGCCUUCCCAUAGCAGCCAUGGUGACCCUUUAUCAUACUAUCAAACUGGUGACCUCAUCCAAGCUGCAAUCAAGGAUAUUGAUCGCUAUCAUGAGAAGCUCACAGUGUCACUGCACAGCUCUGCUCUUUCUCCCAGCCUAGCAAGUACCAAAUUAGGAGUGAUCAGCUCCGAAGACUUGCCUCUGCACUAUAGGAGGAGUGUUGAAAUAUCCAGUGGUUUGGAAACAUACGAAAAAGUUUUGCAACACUCCUUGGGCUUCGCCAAUCCAGCAGUAGUUGAGUUUCUGGUAGGCAAACUAGGACUGAGUGAAUCCAGCCCACCAUCCUUAAUGAGAAGACUCCAAAGCCAAAAUUUCCAUGAAGAGGAUUUUGCCACUGCGUUGAGAAAAAAGCAGUCUGCCUCCUGGGCCUUAAAAUGCGUGAAGAUUGGUGUUGAUUAUUUUAAAGAGGGACGCCAUGUGGAUGCCAUGAAUGAAUACAACAAAGCACUGGAGAUUGAUGCGCAAAACGUUGAAGCCUUAGUUGCCCGCGGAGCCCUAUAUGCAACAAAAGGCAGUCUAAAUAAGGCAAUUGAUGAUUUUGAAAUUGCUUUAGAAAACUGUCCAACGCACAGAAAUGCACGAAAAUAUCUGUGUCAGACACUUGUUGAACGAGGAGGCCAGUUGGAAGAGGAAGAAAAGUUGUUAAAUGCUGAGAGUUACUACAAGAAAGCUUUAAACAUAGAUGAGACGUUUCAAGAAGCUGAGGAUGCCUUGUUGAAACUUCGUAAGCAGAUGCAGAAAUCUUUGGAAAUGAGAGAGAAACAAGCUGCAAAAGAGGAGAGACAGAAAGAGAAGAAAAUAGAGACAAGUGUGGAAAAACUGCGUAAGCUCUUAAAAGAAGAGAAAAGGUUGAAGAAGAAAAGAAAAAGGUCAACCUCCUCCUCCUCCUCUUCCUGUGAUUCUUCAUCUGAUGAAUCCACUUCCUCCUCCUCCUCCUCCUCUUCUGAUCACAAAAAGCGUAAGAAAAGGGAUCGGAGCCGGUCCGAAUCCUCGCGCAGCUCUAAACACACACCCAAGAGUUCCUUAAAUCAGAGUAGGAAAGAUGACUGCUAUUCUCCUCCAGCCAAUACCUCUGCUUCCUUCCUUAAUCAAAAGCAUGAAAUGGAGAAACUGCUGGAGAGGCAGGACAGGUUAGCUUAUCAGAAGCCAGAAGCUAGAGACAGGUAUUACUCUCUCCCAAGGACUUCUCUUUAUGAGGAAGAUCAUGGAGGCAGGUCUGAAGAUUCCAGGGAUUCCUACAGCAGCGCCAAAACUCAGGCAAAUAGUAACAAAACUGAAAAACAGGGUAAGGUAGACAGAAUUUUCUUUGAUAGGAGGGAGAGCACAGGUCCCUGUCGCAGGAAGUCUGAUGACAAAAACAAGACACAGUAUUCAGGAAAGUUAGAAAAAGAUGGGGGGAGGAAGGAACAGCACCGGAAGUAUAGCCCAAGCCAAACAAAAUAUUCCACAUCUCCAACAGGGUCUGAUUACUCCACCAAAUCAGUUGAACACUACAAACGAUAUACUAGCCGCUGGAUAAACGAAUCCAGUCGGUACAGUGCUGACAACAGACCCGAGUUGGCACAGAGUAAAAGAGAGAGAGAACCUCGGAGCAGGGAAAGAGAUCCUGCCCAAACACAGGAGGUAGAUGAGGAAGCUGCCCUCAAUGGCAAAGAACAAUCAGGAAGUGGUGCUAGGAAAAACCUGCCUCAGAAUCUACUCAACAUAUUUAAUCAGAUUGCUGAAUUUGAGAGAGAAAAAGGAAGCAAGCAGAAAAACCAAUGAUUUUUUUAAAAGUUACUACCGGGUGCAAGUAAUGGAUAUUGUUCAGCCUCUAUAAUCACUGGAGUCCCUGCUGUUCAUAGAAAACUAGAAAUGUUUUUUGUUCUUCCCUCCAGUCUGUUUGUUUAUGUAGAGAAGGAUAAAUAUGCAAGAGCGGUGUCAUCUCUCUUUAAAAAACGGAUAUUUCUCAUGCUCUUUAAGAUCUAAGAUGUGCUGAUGUGAAAGGUUGAAAAAUUCUUAGCUAUUACGAAGGCUGCCAGCUGUGCCAGUUGGCAUCUGACUUGCACUUUACAGAGGGAAUUUUUUCCAAGGGCACCAAUGACUGUUAUUUUGUAAUGUUAAUAUAACCAUAAACUUGAAAUGUUUCUAAUGAAUGUGCCAUCAGUGUAUAUAGCUUGUUUUACAAGUAAACUUUUUAAAACAAAACUACUUCCCCCAGUUUUGUUCAGUGUCUGUGAUU